AUGUCUUCACUAUCAGCUACAUACAAGACUGCCAACGUCUCUGAGACAACACUCGUUGACACAACCAAGCCUUCAACAAGUACAAAGCCUGGUCUCGAGGUUACACAUAAACCAUCCCUCAAGGAAAAGAUCCAGAGGAAGUUGUCUGGGUCUGUAGACCCUACAAAGAAGCCCGCUGACCCAUACAAGUCAUGGGAAGCCCGAGCAGUAGCGCUGAUGUAA